GUACACCAACGGAGGCACCAAACCAGCCGCCCCGCUGCCCGCCACCGCCUCGUCGAACCCCGCCGCUCCCGUCACCGUUCCCACGACCGAACCGCCGAGCUAUGCGAGCACGAUGCAGGCCAAAGCAAAAGCGCAGAGGGGCAUAGCGCACCCGCCGCUGCCGCCGCCUCCGUAUUCCGACGAGAACCUCGGGCAGGUGUACACUGUGGACAGCUCGAAGUCGCCGCGCGCCAGCCCCCACGUGCACGCCCCGCUGCAGAGGAAGUACUCUCCGAUCGUGAACAACGAGUGCAGGUCUGAUAGUCCGCAGUCGACUGGUUCAGGAGAUAGCCGGAACCAGUAUUCAGAUAACGGGGCGCCGCCUCUGCCUCCUACAGCAUCCUCUUCUGUCAAAAACAACAACAGCAACACUCAGAUGAACGGUAACGGGGACAACAAACACAACGAAACUCCCCCUCAGCUACCCCCUUAUACGAAAAUAAAACAUCAGUCUCCGAUACCUGAACGAAAAAAAAUCAGCAAAGAAAAAGAAGAGGAAAGACGAGACGGCAAAGUGAAAAACUACUCUCCCCAAGCAUUCAAAUUCUUCAUGGAACAACACAUCGAAAACGUGAUAAAGUCUUACAAGCAACGGAUGUUCAGGCGUAUGCAGCUCGAAAAAGAGAUGAACAAAAUAGGGCUCAGCCCCGAGGCGCAGAUGCAGAUGAGGAAGAUGCUGUCUCAGAAGGAAUCGAACUACAUCAGAUUGAAACGGGCGAAGAUGGACAAGAGCAUGUUUGUUCGAAUAAAACCGAUAGGGGUGGGGGCUUUUGGAGAAGUCACGCUAGUCAGGAAAAUCGACACGAACCACCUGUAUGCCAUGAAGACUUUGAGGAAGGCGGAAGUAUUGAAGAGAAACCAGGUGGCGCAUGUAAAGGCGGAGCGGGACAUCCUCGCCGAAGCAGAUAACGAGUGGGUCGUCAAGUUGUAUUAUUCGUUUCAGGAUUCGGAUAUUCUCUAUUUCGUUAUGGAUUAUAUUCCCGGCGGAGAUUUGAUGUCUUUGCUUAUCAAACUGGGGAUAUUUGAGGAGCGACUGGCAAGAUUUUACAUAGCAGAAUUGACAUGCGCAGUCGAAAGCGUCCACAAAAUGGGGUUCAUCCACAGAGACAUCAAACCCGACAACAUCUUGAUAGACAAAGACGGCCAUAUCAAACUGACCGACUUCGGUCUAUGCACCGGUUUCCGUUGGACCCACAAUUCGAAGUACUACCAACCUAACGGAGACCACAGUAGGCAAGACUCGAUGGAUCCGAUCGACGACUGGAAUGAAGAGUGCAAGUGCAAGAGUCUGAAGCCUUUGGAGAGGCGGAGACGCCGCGAGCAUCGAUGUUUGGCGCACUCUCUGGUCGGCACGCCGAACUACAUCGCACCCGAGGUUUUGCAACGGACCGGAUACACGCGCGUGUGCGAUUGGUGGAGUGUAGGAGUGAUUCUGUACGAGAUGCUGGUGGGUCAGCCGCCGUUCUUGGCGAAUACACCGGCAGAAACGCAGUACAAGGUUAUAAACUGGGAGACAACUCUCCAGAUACCGAAGCAAGCGAAUCUCUCUAAAGAGAGUACGGACUUGAUACUUAAACUGUGCUGUAGUGCGGACAAACGUUUAGGGAAGAACGCCUGUGAAGUGAAAUCUCACCCGUUCUUCAAAGACAUUGAUUUCGAGAAGGGGCUGCGACGUCAGCCCGCUCCACACAAACCUCGCAUAGAUUAUCCUACAGACACGUCGAAUUUCGAUCCGAUCGACCCUGACAGACUUCGUAAUUCCACCUCACUGGAUUCCAGCACGUCAGAGGAAUUCCUAGACAACUCGAAACUCUUCCACGGCUUUUUCGAGUUCACGUUCCGGAGGUUUUUCGACGACGGAGGCCUGGCGGCCUUCAACAAGAUCAACCUGGACGACAACGACAAUCAAGGUGGGCCCGUCUACGUGUGACGUUCAGUACAGGGAGAAACGGAAGGGGUGGAACCCCAAGUAAUUUGACUCGAGAUUCUGAGUAGACCUACCAAGGCCCUUACUCUUGCCAAAAGUCCCAUUUGUUCAAAGCAAAGGUUUUUCUACGUCGCGGGGAAAUUUGUGUUUUGUGUUUCAUUUUGCUGUUAGUACUCAGAAUACCAUAAAUAAGGGGUAGUAAGAAAUUAGCUUUUAUUUUGAGAUUGCGAUAUUUAUCUGAAAA